CAAUAAAUGCUGGAAAUGUAAUAGGACCAAAGGCACGUUAUACCACAUGUGGUGGACUUGCUCAAAGAUUAAAACCUUUUGGGACAUGAUCCACAAUGAGAUAAAAAAAUUGAUAAGGGCAUCACACAAUAAAAAGGCAGAGGCAUAUCUACUAGAAAUUCUUGAUAAAGAUAUCCCAAAGGAUAAAACUAACAUAUUCUUAUACGUGACAAAACGUGUUCUCCCUAGCAGAGAGGAUACAAGCCACCCCAGUGUUGCUGGGCGGAUUUGCGGAGUGACCCAGGCAGUGAAUUGGUUAAUUGGGUCGCUGGGGUGAAUUGCUUGUUGCCAAUUUUGAAGGAGGGGUCAGAGGUUUUAAAUAUUGGACACCCAACUUUGGGCGUCCUUUUGGCUGCUUGCACUGGAUCACAUGGAGUACUUGGACUGUCUGGAGGACAGUAGAGCGGACUGGAGCUAACAUUUGCUUGGAUUUGGCACCAUCCAAAUCUGCUGCAUCCUCUGCUUUGAAGUCACCCUGGUCUUUGGGCCUCCAGCACCACCUUCAGCAUGUCCAACCCAUCUAAGAGGCAUAUGAUGUUGGUGUUCCACUGGGUUAGGAAGAAGCCCCUGACAGAGAAGCCGUGCUCUACCAUCUCGGCCAGACCUUCUGCCUCUGCACCAGCUUGCAACACUCCUCACAUUUCACCCUUACUUUACGAGGAGCAAGACACAACCUGCUCCGCUCAGGAGGUCCAGCAGGUGCAAGGUGCUGCGAUUACCGAAUCUCACCGACCCCAAGUUUUAAAGAUCUGUCAUUGGCAGCGUUGGCCAGAAGAGAGCCCGCAGGCGUGGCAAGCAAAAGAAGACUCCAGCGGGUACAGGAAAAUGGAGGCUGUGUUGAAGUUUUCCAUCACGUGGAAUACAAACUCACGGAACUACCUCGAGGCGCAGGCAGUGGUGGAAACCCUCCUCAAGCAUGAGACACCAGAGAGCCUCUUGCAAUACAAAGGGAUCAAAGCAGCUGUGGAGUCUCUCCUACCAUACACGGCACUUCCAGAGGCUGGGCCGGUUACUGCAGGCCUCCAUGUUCCUUGAUUUCAUGUGACAAAACAUGAAAUUGCCUGACGCCGCCAAGUGGGACAAGGAGAUGGACAUGUGAUGAGCUUUAUUUAUUUAUUAUUAAUUUUAUUGAGUACAAAUUAGAAAAAAUACAAAUAUACAAAAAAAUGUAACCAAUAGAAAAUUAGAAAACAUUUUACCUCUUCUGAUAUUUACAAUUAUUUGCACCUCUACAAAACAAUAUUCACAAUAAAGAAAAGAAAUGAAAGGUAAAAUAUAAAAGAAAAGAACAAGAAGAUAAAGAAAAGGAAGAAUUAAGAUCAAGAAUGAGAAUUUUAAAAGUAGAUAAGUAUUCACUAUACACAGCCAUUUCCAAUCUAUAUUUAUGCUCAAUUAUGUAUUUUCAUCAUAUCCUUAUCUAUCUUAAUUAAAAUAUUUUUAAAAGACUUCCACCGUUUGCCUCACGCGUUUUUGGUAGUCCAUUUGUCAAAACCUCUGUUCUUCAUAUUUUUCCUUUGGGUCUCCUUAAUGUCUCACUUCGUAUUUUUUAUAUUACUCACAAGAUUAUUCUAAACACAACCAGAUUUUAGUAGCCGAGCCCUGGUUUUGUAAGUAAUCAUUUAAACACUCCCAUUGCUUCAUGAUCAUAGUUUUAGGUUUUCUCCUUAUUAAAUCUGUCAAUUUUGCUAGCUCCAGGUACUUGCAAAGUUUCCCCAGCCAUUCCCUUUUUGUUGGAAUGCUAUCCUUUUUCCAAUAGCUAGCAAUCAAAACUCU